AUGUUUGUGGCAGGGCCAGCGCUGGACCACGGCAGGCGCGCCUUCUCGCCGUGGCCGUUCUCGGCCGAGUGCGCGCGCUUCCAGGUGCACUUCGCGAGGCCGCGCUCGCUGCCCAUGACUGCGCUCGUCUCCUUUCCCGGCAGCGGCAACACCUGGCUCCGCUACCUCAUCGAGACCGCGUCCGGCGUCUUCACUGGCUCCGUCUACACUGACCGCCAGAUCAUUAGCAAAGGGUUUUAUGGCGAGGCAGUGUCGCCGGACUGUGGCUGCACGGCCGUGCAGAAGACCCACGGCUUCUCGGUGGCGGGCGUGGUGCCUCUGGCGGCAGCGCAGCGCGCUGCUGAAGUGCGCGUCUUCCGCGGCCGCGGCAUUCUGCUGCUGCGCAACCCCUACGAGGCGCUCAUCUCCUACCGCAACUUCCUCUACGGCGGACACACCGGUUUCGCGCCACGCACCCGCUUCCAGGGACCUGAAUGGGAGAGGUUCGCGUCGCAGCUGGCGCUGGUGUGGCGCGAGCUGGCGGCCACGUGGGCCAACUACACGCACGCAGACGAAGCGACGCUCCUGCACUUCGAGCGGCUGCGCCUCGAGCCGAGCAGCGAGCUCCGCAGGCUGCUGCGCUUCCUCCGGCUGGCAGUGGACGAGCGCCGCCUGGCCUGUGUGCUGCGGCACGCCGACGGGCCCUUCCGCAGACCACCCGCUUCCUCUCAGCAGGCGCUGUUUUCUGCCAGGGAUCCCUUCUCUAAGAAGCUACACAAGAUUCUGGACCAGGUGAUCCACGAUCUUGACCGAACGAUCCAGAAGAGAGGUUGGGGUAGAAUACCAACACAUUUGUAUAAGUUUUACACUGGUAAUCUUCACCACAAUGUAUCAGACGUUCACUGAGCCACGCUAAAAGUAGUCUGGUCACGAUUUUGUAGGUUGUGACGUUGGACUGAAGAAGUGUUCAGAGUUCGUGAUUACUACAGCGCUC